GCCGACAAGAAAAGCAAGAGGAAGAAAGAACCCGUCUUCUUCUUGUUUAUGCUGUUGCGAGACACGAUCUAAAAUCUAUAAACCCUAUUGCCAAAGCGCUUACUUUCAUCCAUUACUGUUUUUUUUUUGUUUAUCUUGAUAAGUUGAAUUCUAUUCUUCUGCAUAUUUUUGUGCAUGGCGGAAUCGAGUGAGAGAGUAAGAAACACCCUGGUUGUGAGGAAGUCCUGCUUUGGCCUCCCAACUGGAUGUCCUCAGUGCUUGUCUGCUUACAUCUAUCUCAAGUUGGCUCAAGUUCCAUUUGACGUGGAUUUCCACUUGAACUAUCCGGAUUCUGAUAACAUCCCUUACUUUGAGGCUGGUGAUUAUGUGGCCUAUAAUAAUGAGACGGGUGGGCUCAUUGAGUCUUUGAAAAAAGAUGUUGUUGAUAUAGACGCUGGGCUUUCCUCAGUCACAGACUGGAUACCAAUGAAAGUGAUGCUCACCACUUGGCUUGCUGAUGCACUUGCAUUUGAACUCUGGGUGGGAGGUGACAGUUCUUCUGCUUAUAACAUUUAUUAUUCUGGUCUUCCAUGGCCUAUAGGAAAGCUUCUAUUCUGGAAGCAAGCUUACUUGCUAAAGCUGCAAUACGGGGUAAAUAAGGAGAACGCUGAAGUAAAGGAGGAAGAGAUUUAUUCAAGAGCUAAUUCUGCGUAUGAUGCGCUGUCAACAUUUUUAGGGGAGCAAAACUAUUUCUUUGAGAAUAGGCCAUCAAGCUUGGAUGCUAUUUUUCUUGCACAUGCUCUUAUCACUUUACAAGCUUUGCCUGAAGCAUCAGUGCUACGGACCAAGCUUUUGGAACAUGAUAAUUUAGUGAGAUAUUUGCAAAAAUGCAAGACAGAACUCAUAGAUUCUGAUCCAUUUCCGACCUCUGACCUGCCUUUCCAUAGAGAUGCAUCAUCAUCAGCUUCAAGAGGCCAUUCAAAUUGGAGUUCGAAGCCUAAGAGCAGGAAACCAAAGCGGGAGAAAACGAAGGAGGAGAAAACCUUUAGAAGAAGGGCUAAAUUCUUUUUGGUAGCUCAGGCAGUUGCAGUUGUUCUUUUCCUCACGCACAUUUCUGAAAGACAUGAAGCUGAAGCAGAGCUAGAUGAUGACUAUGAAGGCUAUGGCUAUGAUGAAUGAAUUUUGUUCUGACUACGUCUUUCCCUUGUUAUCAUGCAAAUUGAAAAUUUUGGUAAUUAACCAUCAAUAUCCAUAAUAGGAUCAAUUUUUCCCCUUCCAGUCAUUUUUUGUUAAUUAUGCUCACCACAUCUUCGGAUUUUGUCUGAGUCGAGUCUCAUUUUCGGGGUGUAUCUUAACUAGGUGCAUUUAAUAUUUUGCUGAAUGUUAUUCAAAUAAAUUGUUGGAAAAAAUAUUAUUAUAUCAUUUUA